AUGACGACUAAAGAGGAGGAAGAUGAUGCCAGGGAUCACGGAUUCAACGUCAGCUUUUUCCGUCGUUUCUGGAGGCUCCAGCAUCUUCUUUUCCCCGGCAUCUUCUCUCUGCCACUGGGUCUAUUUGCACUGCUCCUGUUGGUGGCUCUUUUGGACGAGUUCAUCAUUUAUGGAGUUGGCUUGAUACCCAGCGGAUUCUACCAGGUCCUGGGUGAAAAGGAUCUCCCCGGGUUCAUAAAUCAAACUCUCAAAAGUGUGGGAAUCAUUCUGGCUGUUGCAGUCAACAAGGCUGUCAAAACAUACAUUUCACAGAUCCUCAAUUUGACCUGGAGGCAGCUCCUCACCAGAGCUGUUCAUCGUCUGUACUUUACUGGGAUCAACUACUACCAGCUCAAUGUUCUUGAUAAAUUUGUAGACAACCCUGAUCAGAGGAUAACUGCAGACAUCAACAUUUUGUGCCUUGUGUUCAGCAGUGUUGCCAUAAAAGUUGUAGUUUCUCCAUUUACAAUAUCCUACUACAGCUACAAAGCCUAUGUUGGGACAGGAUGGGUUGGCCCUACAUCGUGUUUCUUAUUUUUCAUUGUUGGAACUGUGGUAAACAAAUUGCUCAUGUCACCCAUUGUGGCUUGGGUGGUGAAAAACGAACGUCGAGAGGGUGACUUUAGGUACAAACAUAUGCAAAUUAGGAGUAAUGCAGAAUCAUUGGCUUUCCUGACUGGCGCCAGGCUGGAAGAAUCGAAAACCAACAACAAAUUAGACGUCCUGCUCAAAACUCAGCACAGCCUGUACGGCCGUCAGUUCUUCCUCAAUUUGGCUGUCAACAUGUUUGAUUACCUGGGCAGCAUCAUCAGUUAUUUGGCGUUGGCCGUCCCCAUUUUCUCCGGCCGCUAUGACGACAUUUCCCCCGCUGAACUCAGUGCCCUUAUCAGUCAAAACGCCUUUGUUUGCAUCUACCUCAUAUCCACCUUCAGCACUUUAGUUGAUUUGUCUUCCAGCGUGACUCAACUCGCAGGCGUGACUCACCGAGUCUCCGAACUUAUCGAACGUUUGCAGCAACUACACGACCGGAAUUGUUCGGAAACAUUAGGAAACAAUGAUCUGAAAGUAGUCAGUAUUAGCACGAAAAAUACGACUGGAAUGUUUGACGAGGUGAACACGGAGGACGACGGAUACAUCAUGGAGGGCGUGGCGUUCAAAGCUCCCGGAAGAACCGACGAGCUGGUCAAGGAUCUUUGCCUGCACUUGAAACCGGGCGAGAGCCUGCUCAUUACCGGCAGCAGCUCGGCAGGUAAAACAAGUUUACUGCGACUACUGCGCGGCCUCUGGAGACUUAGCCGAGGAAACUUGACGGCCCACUACACCCCCGGGCCGUGCGGUGUUCUCUUUCUACCGCAGAAACCAUAUCUGACGGACGGCACGCUACGGGAACAGAUUACGUUCCCGUUAAGCGUCGAUUUAGAGCUGAUUACCAACGACGAAACGGAAGAAUUGCUCAACUACUUGCAGAAAAUGAAAUUGGAUGGCUUGAUGAGCCGCAUUGGUGGCCUGGAUCGUCCGGUUGAAUGGAAUUGGUACGAUGUUCUUUCACCUGGUGAAAUGCAGCGGUUGUCCUUUAUUCGUUUGCUGUACCACCGGCCGGCCAUGGCGUUCCUAGACGAAGCCACAUCCGCCCUGGACAUGGAAAUGGAACAAUUGCUGUACAGUGCAGCCGUCGACAAGGGCAUCACUCUAGUCAGCGUCGGCCAUCGCGCCUCACUUCGUGCCUUCCACAAAAAGGUCCUCCACCUCAAAGGAGACGGCAGCUGGACACUGGAAUCGAUUUCAAACCACAACGACGAUCGUUCCAGUUGAAAAUCUUCCGACCCGACAAAUGCAACACAGCGGACCAGCUCCAUGGCAGAUUAGACUAUUUUAUAAGAUUAGUUUUUAUUUUUCAAACACACUUGUAACUUGACGUUGGGAAAUAAUAUAGACGGCCCAUCAUUAAAAAAAAAAAAGGCUUUA